CGCCAUCUUCAUUGCCGUCCCCUCCAUCCUGUCAGAGCUGGGUUGGAACUUUCUACCUCCUUGGAUCGCAUAUAUAUCACCUCACUAUCCGAUACCUUUACUCUCGCUUGGAUCACCAUGGCGCAAGCACCCGUGGCCGUCGUCUGCGUCGGCAUGGCCGGCUCCGGAAAGACCACCUUCAUGCAGAGAAUCAACUCGCAUCUUCAUUCAAAGAAGACAGUCCCCUACGUGAUCAACCUCGAUCCCGCCGUCUACUCCGUUCCCUUCGAGAGCAACAUUGACAUCCGCGACUCGAUCAACUACAGAGAGGUCAUGAAGCAAUACAACCUCGGCCCCAACGGCGGUAUCCUGACUUCCCUCAACCUGUUCGCUACGAAAGUCGAUCAAAUCAUCUCCUUGUUGGAAAAGCGCACCGCCCCGAACCCGAGCAACCCUUCCGCCAAGCCCAUCGAGCACAUCCUCGUUGACACCCCCGGACAGAUUGAGGUCUUCGUGUGGAGCGCGUCUGGAAGCAUUCUACUCGAAACCAUGGCCUCCUCCUUCCCCACCGUUAUCGCCUAUGUCAUUGAUACCCCUCGGACUACCUCCACAAGCACCUUCAUGAGCAAUAUGCUGUACGCCUGCAGUAUCUUGUACAAGACCAAGCUACCGAUGAUCCUCGUAUUCAACAAAACCGAUGUGCAGGAUGCUGAAUUCGCCAAGGAGUGGAUGUCCGAUUUUGAUGCGUUCCAGCAGGCGCUUCGGGAAGAAGAGGAGUCGGGUGCGUUUGGCACGGAAGGCGGAGCAGGUGGCUUUGGUGCUGGAAGCGGAUACAUGGGCUCGCUUCUCAACAGCAUGAGUUUGAUGCUCGAGGAGUUUUACCGCCAUCUGAACGUCGUCGGAGUGAGCUCCAUGACGGGUGAUGGCAUUGAUGAAUUUUUUGGGGCCGUGGAGGAGAAGCGCCAGGAGUUCGAGCGCGACUACAAGCCUGAGCUGGAGCGCAAGAAGAAGGAGCGCGAAGAGACCAAGGCAGCCCAACGGGAGCUGGAACUGGGCAAGCUGAUGAAGGAUAUGAACGUUUCGGGUUCUAGCCGAAGCAAGCGCACUGAAGCCGAGACUGUCAGCGAGGCCGAGGAAGAGGAGGAAGAUGCUGCCCGCAGAGACGAUGACGAUGACGAUUCCGACGAUGGAUACGGCGCUGUUCCCCCGGCUGGCAGCAACGAAGGGCUCACACAGCGGUACAAGGAGGCGCUGGAAGGCCAGAGCAGUACUCCUUCCGAUGCGGACAACAGCUUCGCGAGGUAUUUGCGCGCAAGCAGCAUCAACCAGUGAUGAGCUUCGGAGAUAUGCAUUGAUCUUACUUCAAAUUGGUGUUUAUGAAGGCGUUGAAUUGGUCCUCAUUGAUAUAUCCCUGAAUAAAUGAUUAGACAAAUAUAAUCGCUGAUUCAAGC